AGCUUCUGAAGGAAAAGGGCUUGUGCUCCGCUGUUCAAACUUGUCAGUCAGCUCAUGCCAGCACUCUUCACGGCUGCCUCCCCACCGCACCCUCAUUACAUGUGUCUGCUUCGGCUGAUCUGCUCAUCUAUUCAGAGACUCACCGGAUAAAAUGGAAGAAGCUGAACUGCUGAAGGAAAGAUUCCAGGCCAUAACAGACAAGAGAAAGCUUCAAGAAGAAAUCACACAGAAGCGUCUUAAAGUAGAGGAAGAAAAAUUAAAAUACCAGCAUUUGAAGAAAAAGGCCCUUCGAGAGAAAUGGCUCUUGGAUGGCCUGAGUGCUCUCACUCCAAAAGAGCAAGAAAAAAUGCAAAAGCAUAAUAGAGAAGACCAGGAACGGACCAACUACCUGGAACAAAGCAUCCUCAGACUUGAGAAAGAAAUUGAAGCUCUGGAAAGAGAAGAGAUGAAAAUCUCAGUUAAUGAACAGGCAAUUUUAAAGAAGCUUAAAUCAGUUGAGAGAACAGCAGAAGAUAUCUUAAAGUCUGUGAAGGCAACUAAAGCAGAAAUUCAAGAAGAGACAGUGGACUACAUAUAUACCAAUAUACCUGACCUUCCAAAAUCCUUCAGACCUUCUGCACUGAAAAGGGCAGGACAUGCAGGAACUGAGAAUGAGGAGGAAAACAGAAGAGCAUUGUUUGCCAUGGAAAUUAAAGUUGAGAAAGACAUGAAGACUGGGGAAAGCACAGUUUUGUCUACAAUACCUCUUCCAUCUGAUGAGUUUAAAAGUACAGGAGUAAAAGUCUAUGACGAUGGUAGGAAAUCAGUCUAUGCAACAUGGUCCAAUGGCAGUUUAACACACAAUGGCAUAGAUGAGCUUGCACCUGUUGAGGUGGAAGAUCUUUUAAGAAAAGCAACUGAAAAAAAUGCUAAAUCUCCUACAGAGUAUCAUGAGCCUGUGUAUGCAAACCAGUUUUAUAGGCCAACAACUCCCCAGAAAGACAAAUUAGUUCCUGGACCAAAUUUGGAAAACACUGUUAAAAAAGAGACUAAUGAACUUGGCAAUCGUCAAAAUGAAUCUUUCUAUAACAAAGGCAACAGGCAACACAAUGAAGAAAACGGUUUUGAUCUUCCCAAAUUAGCACUUCCAAAGUCUCCCUCUCCAGGGUCUCAGCAAAAAGAGGGAAAGGUACACAUUAGUCCAAAACCCAGGAUAAUACAUAAUGAUGAAAGAGGAGUUCUACAAAAGGAUUUGGAAGCCUAUCAGAAGACAAAAGAGAGUCAUUGUGAGGUAAUGUUUAUGAACUCAGAGAAUACCAGUGAAAAGUCUCCUGUCGCUCAGAAUGCUGAUGAAGAUGUUAGGUACAGCAUUGUUCAAGCUGUGCCAUGUUAUGUGGAUGAUACAGAACCUGUUACAAUGAUUUUCAUGGGUUAUCAGCAUGUAGAUGAUGAUGAUGAUGAAGCAGCAGCAGCAGCAAACAAAAACUUGUCCAGAUAUGAUGGAAUUAUCCAUGCGGAACUGGUUGUCAUUGAUGAUGAUGAUGAAGAAGAAGAAGAAGGAGACAGCAAAUCUGAGAGACCGUCAUAUCAUCCUGUAGGCCAUUACAGUCAAGUUUACCAGCCACCCAACAAACAAAUAGCAGAAGUUCCACAGAGGAUCCCAGAGGGCAAUCUAGGUGGAAACAUCAAUAAAUCAUCCCACAAAAAUUCUAUAUCACUGCAAGAACAAGAGGAAAGUUUGAGCUCUGCUAUGUACCAUACUCAUCUCAGUGGCCAACUACCUGGAGAUGGUACAGAGGAUCCCUCAUUAACAGCUCUGAGGAUGAGAAUGGCAAAGCUGGGGAAAAAGGUGAUUUAACAGUUGGAAUGACAUGGAACUAAAAUUUAGGCUUUGUUAAUCAAAAGAGAAUAAAGUCAAGGCUUCCUUUUCGGCUGUUUUUUCUGGACUUUAAUGUUUUGCUUAUUCUAAAAUGUAAAUGUGAAUUACAUAUUACACAUAUGCAGCCCUGUCCCUCUGCAGAGAUCCAGUGACUUCACUAGGAUUCUCCCCAGACAUAGGGGGGUAUCUGCAUAGAUAAACAGUGCAACUCAAACCCUGGAGUCCUUACACCUAAAUAAAACUACUACUGAUGUCAAUAGGAAAUUUGCCACAUAAGAACCUGUCAACUUUGGCCCUAAAACGAACACGCGCACACACACACACACACACAGAGUAAAGAACAACAGUUGCCAUGGAGUACAGCAUGGAUAAGCAAUUAAACACCCCCUGAGGAAAUUCCAGUAUUCAAUUUUCAAGGACAUGUGCACACACUUGAAAGUGAACCAACCUAAUUGAAGAUGCUAUUGCAAUGUAUUUCUAGUGAAAGUUUAUUAAGUUAUGUUAAAAAAGCAGCUAUUUAAAGUAGAAAUAUGAUGGAAUGUAAAUAUGCAGAGAGAUUCCCAUAGCAUAAAUGGAUGUAGCACCACUGGACUCCGAUGGAUUGGUAGCAACUGACAACAGCUGAGGACUUGGCUCAAAAAAUGUUUUCAUCAAUAAUUACAAUUCAGACUGUAGCUUCCUAUCAGGAGGCUCUCUCAAGCCAGCUGCAACCCAGCAGGGAUGUAAAAGCAAAUCCAAAUUCUCUCUCAUGAGGUGGUAACUGCCUGUCACUGUGCCGGCUGUGGGUGGGUAUUCCAUAGCUGUACUCCUACACAGCCAGUGAGCAGGCAAUAGCUAGUGCAGAAUCUGGUGCUAGACUUAGGUGCAACUCACACAAAAGCACCCUGUUGUGCUUGGCAAGUGCGAGUCUGGUUAUUUAGCUCCCUUGCUGCCCCCCCCCCCAUCCAGUGAGCUGUCAUCAUACCUGACACAGACACCUUCCGAGAUACACACACGCGCAUUUAAUAUGUAGGGCUGCAAAAUCUCAAGUGUUAGAACUUGGCCAAAUGCAGGAAAAUGGACAAAUAAAACUGAAUAAGGUUUAA